AUGGAUGAGAAGAACCUCCAACAACCGCUGCUUCCAUUGGUAAGCCAUGCAGCGUCCACAGAAAAAACUUCAUCUGCUACUGAUACCAACUUUGCGGGCCCAUCAUUGAACAACGGCAAUGAAAUCAUGUCAUCCAACUCUGUUAUUGUCCGCCUUCUUAUCUUCCUCUUAAUAGGGACCAUGUCUGUAUGGGUGAACCAUGAGUCGUCUAAAGGUUUCGUGAUUACAGUCGUCAACAACAUGAAGAACACUCCGGAGGGAAAGAAAUUCACACUCUUUUAUGUCUCCAACGACCAAGCUAUACGGUUAGUUCAAAGUUCUUCCACUUUUGCUGCCAAAAUUCUUUUUCCUAGUGAUAGUAGCAUGCCUGAAAAGCUCAUCGACCAGGUCGAUGUCCAAUUAGUAAGCCACAAUUUAACCAAUUACCAUACAGUUGCUGUCGAAUCUUUUGGAAACAAGAGCAGGUAUGCACUUUCUAUAAGCUCUUUUGUGAUGGAAUUUAGUGAUUUUAAGUAUAGAAUCAGGAAGGAAUUUCAAAAAGGGAUGGCAGAAAUAUUGCUGUUUAAUCUGCAAAAUAAAGCUCCCAAGAGUUUGUUAGAUGGAAUGGUAGAAUAUAUAAGUAAUGCUGCGGGUUUUGGUGUUUCGGAGCCAAUGUUGAAGUUCAAAAACACCCGAAAGAAGUGUUGGGAGGACGAAGAUUCAAGUUCGGUGGCAAAAUUUUUGGCUUAUGCCGAGGAAAAAAGUGAAGGGUUUGUUGGGAGAUUAAACGAAGAAAUCGAUAAAGUUGGUUCGUUUGAGGAAAUAAUGGAUAAAUUACUUGGAAUACCUGCCAUUCAAUUGUGUGCAUCGUUCCAUGAUUAA